AUGGCCCAAUCCGUCCCACCAGGAGACAUUCAGACCCAGCCAGGAACCAAGAUUGUCUUCAAUGCCCCUUAUGAUGACAAGCACACCUACCACAUCAAGGUGAUCAACUCUUCGGCUCGUCGUAUUGGGUAUGGAAUCAAGACAACCAACAUGAAGAGACUUGGAGUCGAUCCACCAUGUGGAGUUCUCGACCCAAAGGAAGCUGUUCUUUUGGCUGUGUCUUGUGAUGCUUUCGCCCUCGGACAGGAGGACACCAACAACGACCGUAUCACCGUCGAACCCACCAACCAUCCAGAUGAUGCUGCCAAGCAGUUCCGUCGUGAAUGGUUCCAAGGAAAUGGAAUUGUCCGUCGUAAAAACUUGCCGAUCGAGUACAACCCAUAA